UGGGACUUGGGCCCAAAUCGGGGGUUUGUUUCUAACAUUUUCGGAUUUGGGAAAUUAGGGCUUUGGAAUAGGGUGAGAACCGGAGAAAAAGGGGUUGUGAUUAGCCACUGAGAGCCUUUCUUCAAACCAAUCAUCACCUUCGUCGAUCAUAUUUUCCACCAGAGAAUUAACUUGUCACCACUCUCUCUCUCUAUUUAUACGUGUGUGUAUACACAUUUUCUCUCCUGAAUCGUCACCAGCAUCAAGAAAACCGACAAUCAUCUUCAGUGUUCGAUCUCAACAAAGUGCCUGAGUUCAGAACCAUCCAUUACAAGUCGUGAGUAAAUGUACACUAAUCUAAUUGGAGGUUGCAUUUAGUGGUUAUGUGUUAUAAGUACACCCUUUUUGAAGCAUUUGUGAGACAAAGACGAAGAUGGCAUGAUUGGGAGCUUUUAGAUAACAAUUGGAAACUGUUUGUUUGGUAGAUUUAUGGCUGAUCAACACAUUUUAACUGUACCCAAUUCGUCUAUUGGUUUGACUGAUCAACAAAUUAUAACUGUACCCGAUUCGUCGCUUGAAUUGGCUGAUUAUUCUUUAGUUAUCGGGCAAGAAUUUCCGGAUGUUGAGACUUGCAGAAGAAGCCUAAAAGAUAUAGCCAUAGCAUUGCAUUUCGAUCUUCGGAUAGUGAAAUCUGAUCGCAGCCGGUUUAUAGCCAAAUGCUCGAAGGAGGGUUGUCCAUGGCGUGUUCAUGUUGCAAAAUGUCCGGGAGUUCCAACCUUUUCGGUUAGAACCCUGCAUGGAGAGCAUACCUGUGAAGGAGUUCACAACCUCCAUCAUCAGCAGGCAUCGGUAGGUUGGGUUGCUAGGUCUGUGGAGGCACGAAUUCGGGAUAAUCCACAAUAUAAACCGAAAGAAAUCUUGCAAGAUAUUCGCGAUCAGCAUGGGGUUGCUGUGUCUUAUAUGCAAGCUUGGCGUGGGAAGGAACGCAGCAUGGCAGCACUACAUGGCACUUAUGAAGAAGGUUAUCGCCUUCUUCCUGGGUACUGUGAACAAAUAAGGAAAACUAACCCCGGAAGUAUUGCAUCGGUUUUUGCCACUGGACAAGACAAUUGUUUCCAGCGCCUCUUUGUUUCUUUCCGUGCAUCGAUCUAUGGGUUUAUACACGCUUGCAGGCCACUUUUGGAACUAGACAGGGCACAUCUGAAAGGAAAGUAUUUGGGUACAUUAUUUUGUGCUGCAGCUAUUGACGCUGAUGAUGCAUUGUUUCCAUUGGCAAUUGCAAUUGUUGAUGUUGAAAGUGAUGAAAAUUGGAUGUGGUUCAUGUCUGAACUGCGGAAACUUCUUGGAGUAAAUACUGAUAACAUGCCAAGACUUACAAUACUAUCUGAGAGACAAAAAGGAAUUGUGGAGGCAGUUGAGACACAUUUUCCAAGUGCGUUUCAUGGUUUUUGCUUGCGUUAUGUAAGUGAGAAUUUUCGUGAUACGUUUAAGAACUCAAAGUUGGUGAAUAUCUUUUGGAAUGCUGUUUAUGCGCUUACAACGGUUGAAUUCGAUAGCAAGAUCACGGAGAUGGUCGAGAUUUCACAAGACAUUAUACCAUGGUUUCAACAAUUUCCCCCCCAGCUAUGGGCUGUAGCUUAUUUUGAAGGGGUACGAUAUGGCCAUUUCACAUUGGGGGUUACAGAACUGUUGUACAACUGGGCUCUGGAAUGUCAUGAGCUCCCUAUUGUACAAAUGAUGGAGCAUAUUCGCCAUCAGUUGUCAUCUUGGUUCAGUGAUAGGCGUAACAUGGGCAUGAGGUGGACCUCAAUUCUUGUACCAUCUGCUGAGAAGAGGAUUUCAGAAGCAAUUUCUGAUGCUCGUUGCUAUCAAGUACUUCGGGCAAACGAAGUUGAAUUUGAGAUUGUGUCUACCGAGCGGACAAACAUUGUGGACAUUAGAAGUCGAGUAUGUUCUUGUCGCCGUUGGCAACUCUAUGGUAUGCCAUGUGCACAUGCUGCUGCUGCACUGAUCUCUUGCGGGCAGAAUGCCCAUUUAUUUGCCGAACAUUGCUUCACAGUAGAUAGCUAUCGUGAGACCUAUUCACAGGUGAUAUAUUCAAUCUCAGAUAAAAGCCUAUGGAAGGAGCCUGGUGAGGGAGCAGAGGGUGGAGGUGCCAAGGUUGAUAUUACAAUACGACCACCCAAGACUCGUCGGCCUCCUGGCAGGCCCAAAAAGAAGGUUCUUCGGGUAGAGAGUCUAAAGCGUCCAAAGAGAGUUGUUCAAUGCGGUCGCUGCCAUAUGUUAGGGCAUUCACAAAAAAAAUGCACAAUGCCAGUUUGAUCUAAAAAAAAUGCACAAUGCCAGUUUGAUCCUUAUUUGGUUGUUUACUGUUAUAGCAUUAACUGUGUUAAGAAAAUUUGUUUUAUUUACUUUUUCCGUAAUUUUCAUAGAAUUAAUCGUGUGUCUGUAAGCUUGGUGUAUGUCCUUAACUGUUCCAUUGCAAAAUAAAUCCUUGACCUUUUGUGGCAA